AUGAAGGAAAUGUUGUCUGGAAAGUUUCCUCCGUCAGCUCUGACUGUGGCUCUGACUGUGGCUCUGACUGUGGCUCUGACUGUGGCUCUGACUGUGGCUCUGACUGUGGCUCUGACUGUGGCUCUGACUGUGGCUCUGACUGUGGCUCUGACUGUGGCCCUGACUGUGGCUCUGACUGUGGCUCUGACUGUGGCUCUGACUGUGGCUCUGACUGUGGCCCUGACUGUGGCUCUGACUGUGGCUCUGACUGUGGCUCUGACUGUGGCUCUGACUGUGGCUCUGACUGUGGCUCUGACUGUGGCUCUGACUGUGGCUCUGACUGUGGCUCUGACUGUGGCCCUGACUGUGGCUCUGACUGUGGCUCUGACUGUGGCUCUGACUGUGGCUCUGAAGAAUAAAGCCACUGUCCGUAACGUGAGCCGGCGUAACUGCCACGGCGAGUACAAAUGA